AUGAAGGGCUUCCGAGCCAUCUUGUUCACCCUAGCACUGCUAGGCAACCUCUGCCAAGGUUCUCCCUUGGCGAUUCUCAGCGAGGCGAUUGUCAUGUACAGCGCUUUCGUCUUGGACCUUUCGGCGAAUGGGGCCUCACGCACACUGGCGCCAAAACUGGGCAACACAGCCCUCGUCGACUUCGGAACCUUUGUCUCCACGGUUUUUGCGCAACGUCUCCCCCAAAGUGGUAUUUGGACAAGCACAAAUCCUCCGUAUAACCAGGCUACACUGGACGAGAUUGGUGCCUCUCUGAAAACCGACAAGUACAGCCUUCAACUCGCCGAUAUUGUCAAGUCCACACGCGGUAGCACUGCUCCAGGCUUUGCCGACGCCUGGAAUAACCAGUAUCCGGAAUUCAAAAGGGCGCUGGCCGGAACGCAAGCCGCACGGUUGCAGGAGAUGCACCGUACCAGCUUGAGCAAGUUGUGGGCAGCGGAUUUCCCCGGCAAGACCCUCAAGGCCUCGGAGAUCGCCGUCUUGGACACAGAUGUUUCCUUCCUCGAGACAGACUGGAGCGCGACCGCUGCGGCGAACGGAAAAUCCCCCGAGGAGAUUAAGACCUACCUAACCUGGUACUUGGGUCUUCCGAAAAGAACAGGAGCGGAGGCCGCGAAGUUCAGAACGCAUCUCUUGAUCACCAACACAAUUGGACAGAGCCUGAGUGAGCUGGAUAGCGUGGACAGCUGCAAGGCGCGCUAA